UUACUGACUUUUUGCUAAGUCCCUUAGUAGUUUGGCCUUUAUUAAUCAGCAUUGCUGUUUACUUUAUCAAACUCCACAAGUGUGCAGUAAAGAGGAAGCAUUAGUACCUGCAUGUAUCAAUUAUUUAUUGAACUUAAUUUAUGUGGCGUGACUUAAAUUAGCAAACACAUCAUGAGUGGCGGGCUAUUCUCGUUUCUAAAGAGCCGGCCCAUAUUUUGGCUGAGUGUGGGCGGCACGACUGUCGGCGUCGCCUGUGGCGUAAAGGAUUUGAUGCAAGGUGGAAAAUUCAACAAGGAAACCGAUGAAAAGGGCAAAGUUGUUAUUGUUACCGGCUCCAAUACGGGCAUCGGCAAGGAAACUGUGCGGGAGCUGGCCAGGAGAGGUGCAACUGUUUAUAUGGCUUGCCGGGACAUGAAGAAGUGCGAGGAGGCACGCGAAGAAAUUGUGCUGGAAACGAAGAAUAAAUACGUCUACUGCCGUGAAUGUGAUUUGGCCUCGCUGGACUCAGUGCGCAAGUUUGUGGCAAGCUUCAAGCGCGAGCAGCAAAAACUGCACAUACUCAUCAACAAUGCUGGAGUGAUGCGCUGUCCUCGAAGCGUCACAAAGGAUGGAUUUGAAUUGCAGUUGGGUGUGAACCAUAUGGGCCACUUUUUGCUUACCAACUUGCUGCUGGAUGUGCUGAAAGGUUCCGCUCCUAGCCGCAUUAUUAACGUCUCCAGCCUGGCGCACACCCGCGGCGAAAUCAAUGUGGGCGACUUGAACAGCGAAAAGUCCUACAACGAGGGUGGAGCGUAUAAUCAAAGCAAAUUGGCGAACAUUCUGUUUACUAGGGAGCUGGCAAAACGCUUAGAGGGCACAUCUGUGACUGUCAAUGCUUUGCAUCCCGGCGUCGUGGAUACUGAAAUCUUCCGCCACAUGGGCUUCUUCAGCAACUUCUUUGCCAAUUUGAUAUUCCGUCCGCUCUUUUGGCCGUUCAUAAAGACAGCAAAGAAUGGCGCCCAAACGACUUUGUACGCAGCACUGGACCCGGACCUGGCGGAGACCACAGGAAAGUAUUUCAGCGACUGUAAUCUGAAGGACGUGGCAGCUGCUGCCACCGAUGAUCAAAUGGCGAAGUGGUUGUGGGCAGUAAGCGAGAAAUGGACGCGCCCGCAAAUAAUAAAACUGGAUUAGAGUGCAUUUCUACUUUGCAACAGGAAAUUAUAAUUUUUUUUUACCUUUGUGACGCCUAAAUAUAUUUCUUACUUCUGUUAUAUAAAUUAGUAGCGUAAAUACAGACAUUCAUAAUAUA